AUGCCCAGCAUUGGCAGCAUUGUCUACUACGGCACCCACCUCGGGGAGCUGAGAAACAUCAUCCAAUGGAAGCUAUGGCACGACCCUGUCCAUCAACGCGACGAGGCCAAGGAGAGCCCUGAGCUGAAGGAGUGCUUCAAGUACCUCAAGAUGACCAGCCGCAGUUUCGCUGCUGUUAUUCAGGAACUCCACCCCGAACUUCUUGUCCCCGUCUGUCUCUUCUACCUGAUCCUGCGCGGCCUCGACACCAUUGAGGAUGACAUGACCAUUCCCUUCGACACCAAGGAGCCUCUGCUCCGCGACUUCCACAACAUCCUCGAGCAAGACGGCUGGAACUUCACUGGCAACGGCCCCAACGAGAAAGAUCGCGAGCUCUGCGUCCACUUCGACGUCGUUAUCGCUGAGUACAAGAAGAUCAAGUCUGAGUACAAGGUCAUCAUCAAAGACAUCACCGAUCGCAUGGGCAACGGCAUGGCCGAUUAUGCAAAGAUGGCCGACGAAGGCGGUGCUCAAAAGGUCGAGACAAUCAAGGACUACUACAAGUACUGCCACUACGUCGCCGGUCUGGUCGGCGAGGGUCUGACACGCCUGUUCGUCGAGGCCAAGUUGGCCAACCCGGCCCUUCUGGAGCGCGAGGACCUUCACGAAUCAAUGGGUCAAUUCCUGCAGCAAACAAACAUCAUCCGUGACAUUCGCGAGGACCACGAGGAUAAGCGCUACUUCUGGCCCCGCGAGGUGUGGUCCAAGCACGUAGACCGCUUCGAGGACCUCUUCCUGCCCGAGAACAAGGACAAGGCACUGGCUUGUAGUUCUGAGAUGGUUUUGCUGGCUCUGCGACGUGCUGAUGACUGCCUCUUCUACCUCGCUGGACUCAAAGAGCAAAGUGUCUUCAACUUCUGCGCGAUCCCACAGACCAUGGCUAUUGCGACGCUCGAGCUAUGUUUCCAGAACCCCGAUAUUUUCGAGAAGAACGUCAAGAUCACAAAGGGCUCUGCUUGCAGACUCAUGGUCGACAGCACACAAAAUCUGCAGGUUGCAUACGGCGUGUUCAAACGCUUCGCUCGCACUAUUCACAAGCGCAACAACCCACAAGAUCCCAACUUCCUCGAGAUCAGUCUUGCAUGUGGAAAGAUUGAGCAAUUCAUUGAAUCCAUCUUCCCUACACAGACUGCUGCCACCUAUCGCCAGGGCGCUCCUGCCCCUGCUCCCGUGGACGCGAAAGGUAACUCCCUUACUCCUGAGGAGCAGGAGGCACAAAAGAAGCAGCAGGCUCAGGAUAAGGAAGAGUUCUUCUAUAUCAUGCUGGCCGUUGGAGGCACGCUGUUUGUCAUUACUGCCAUCAUGUUCUUCACCGCUUGGAUGAUGGGCGCACGCUUUGACAUUGCCUGGCAACAGCUUCGCAGCGGCAACAUCUGGGCACCCAAGACCACAGAUGAGGCCAUACUUGCUCGUGAUGCUUACGAUGCUGCCAAGUCAACUGUUUCAGCAACUGUCAAGGCCGUCACAUCAAGCGUCGUCUCGCAUGGCGAGCUGUAA